UAAUGACGUCCGAUUUAGUUCUCCCAGGUCAGCCUAUACCACUUCCUCGCGGCCCUGUUCCCUGUCUGGGACGCGGUAUUUACACAAAAGACGACAAAGUUCGCGCCAGUCUGGUCGGAGCUCCCCAUUAUGAUGGAUCUACUUUGAUGAUAUCCCGGGUUAAGCCCCACCCUCCAGCCCCGAAUUCCCUCGUUCUUGGUUCCGUAACACGGUUGUCUCCUGUACAGGCUUUGUUGUCAAUAUCCGUUGUCGACGGCAUUCCACUACCUCCUGGAGAAGAGUUCACGGGCGUCAUUCGUUCCCAAGAUGUUCGAGCCACCGAAACGGACAAGGUCAAAAUAAAUGACUGUUUUCGAGGCGGGGAUGUUGUUCGAGGACAAGUCAUUUCUCUAGGAGAUGCUCGAAGUUACUUCAUUUCGACUGCUAGAAAUGAUCUCGGUGUUAUAUUCGCUACAAGCGAGGCAGGAGCAACCAUGGAACCUGUCUCUUGGGUUUCCAUGCGGUGUACAAGGACGGGGAAGAUUGAAAAGCGAAAGUGUGCCAAACCCGAAGGACUGUAGCAGCCUUGAUAUAUAUUGACACUUACCUUGAAUUUACAAUGUUGUAUUUUCCGUG